AAUAUUUGCUCAAAACUGAUCUGAAAAAACAAAACAAACAAAAAAACACCAGCAUUGUCCAAAAAAAAGCCUCACAAACAUCAUAUUUCUUGCAGGUUGUUUACUCUCAUUACGUUUUAAAAUGUUUUGUUCUUGUGGUUGUAUUUCCACCACCUGUAUGAUCAUAAUCAUCUUCUGCUUUAUUUAAGAAAUGCCUCUUUUGUGUGUUUAACUGUUUUGUCCAGCAGGCUACGCUGUAACACCAGCUAGAGAUUGUUUGAACUACUACUACUAAAAAAAAUUAUAUCAGCACGAUUCGUUUGACAGGGAAAUGUUUUUAACCUGUUUAAAUGGACGUUGACUAGAUACUUUGAGCAACGUUUGAGUUUUCUGGAUAGAUCUGGAGAAAACUUUUUCUUAAAUUGUGAACUUUCUUUACUUUCACUUUCAUCGUCAUGAAGUUAUGACGCAGCAAGAAACGGCAGGGUUUCAAAACUUCCCGUUGGUCUCCAGCUGAGCGUCCUCUGGUGCUCCUGGGACAUUGACAGCAUGGCAGCUGAUGUAGCAUCUGAAGGAAUGAAGGCGAGGCCGCUGAGUCACAGCAGCAGCUGUCCGAUUCUUCCUCCUUCAAUGUCUGAGCUGAGAGUUGUUCUACUGGGGAACAGUUGGUCUGAGAGGAGUUCAGUGGGUAACUUCAUACUGGGAAAGACUGCGUUCAGCACUGAGAAAGAAGCAGUCCACUGUGUGACAGUCAGAGGACCGCUGGAGGAGAAAGAAAUAGUUCUCAUCAACACUCCAGAUCUGCUGCAUCCCAACAUCUCUGAACACAAACUGACAGAGCAUGUAGAAAACUGUGCAAGAUUCUCUGCUCCUGGACCUCAUGUGUUCCUGCUGGUUCUACAGCCUGAAGACUUCACUGAGGAACACAAACUGAGACUCUGCAGAGUCCUGAAACUCUUGAGUUACCAAUCUUUUGAUCAUUCAUUGGUUCUGAUAUUACCACCCACAGAGGAGAGUUCAGCUAUCAUGGGCAAAGAUGAACCAGACCAGGCACUAAAAGACAUGAUAAUGAAAUGUAGAUACAGAUAUCUGAAGCAGGAGAACCUUGAACUUCCGGAGCUGUUAACACGUUUGGGCCAAACUGCAAAGGAGAACAAUGGAGAGCAUGUCAGCUGUGAUAUAUUUGACGAUGCAGGUUUGACAAUGACACCAACGUCAAGAAACAACACGCCAGCUUUAAACGUGGUUCUGUGUGGGAGGAGAGGAGCAGGGAAGACCUCAGCAGCCAUUUUAGGUCAGACAGACCUUCAUUCAGUCUCCAGCUCAGAGUGUGUUAAACACCAGGGAGAGGUGUGUGGACGUUGGGUUUCCCUGGUGGAGCUGCCUGCAUUGAAUGGAAAACCUCAGGAGGAAGUGAUGGAGGAAUCAUUCAGGUGUAUCUCCCUCUGUGAUCCUGAGGGCGUCCAUGCCUUCAUCCUGGUCCUUCCUGUGGGUCCCCUCACUGAUGAAGACAAGGGAGAGCUGGAGACCAUCCAGAACACUUUCAGCUCUCGAGUCAAUGACUUCACCAUGAUUCUGUUCACUGUGGAGUCAGAUCCCACAGCUCCAGAUGUUGUUAAGUUUAUAAACAAAGACAAUGGUAUCCGAGAGCUCCGUCAGAGCUGUGGAGAACGAUAUGUUGUCGUCAACAUCAGGGACCAGCAGCAGAUCCCAGAGCUGUUGGAUGCUGUGGAAAAGAUGAGAGUUGAAGGAUCCAGAUGCUUCACAAUGAAGAUGUUGACCAAGUCUCAGAUGAGGGAGGUUACGAGACUUAGAGCUGAACUGCAGGAUGUGAAACAGAGUGCAAUGGGAGGAGAGCCUCUCAGGAUGGUGCUGAUUGGGAAGACCGGCAGUGGGAAGAGUUCAACGGCAAACACCAUUUUGGGCAAAAAGCAUUUCAAACCCAGAAUCGCCCCGAAGCCAGCGGAUAAGUCUUGUAAGAAAGCAACAGGAGAGAUUGAUGGACGGCCUGCCAUUGUCGUCAACACCCCCGGCUUGUUCGACACGACUCUGUCUGAGGAUGAAAUUGAACAGGAGAUUAAAAAAUGCAUCAGCAUGUUGUCUCCUGGACCUCAUGUGUUCUUACUGGUGCUGCAGAUCGGGAACAUUACACAAGAGGAAAAAGACUCUGUGGAGCUGAUCAAGAAGUAUUUUGGCAAGAAUUCAGGAGAUUUCAUCAUCCUUAUAUUCACCAGAGGAGAUGAACUGGAGGAUCAGUCAAUUGAGAGUUAUAUCGAAGAUUGUGAUGACUUUGUUAAAAAACUGAUACAUGACUGUGGAGGGAGAUACCAGGUGUUCAAUAACAAAGAUCCUACAAACCGCACACAAGUCAGAGAGCUGCUGACCAAUAUCAAGACCAUGGUGAAGGACAGUGGCGGCUACUACAACACUGAGCCCUUUGACGAGACAGAGGGAUACACAAAAACACAAGUGGAGAGGAUUUUGAAAGAGAAGGAAGAGGAGAUGAAGAGAAAGGAUGAAGACCUCAAGAGAAAGCAUGAGGAAGAUUUGAAAACACUGAGAAGCAAACUCAAAGAAGAGGAGAGAAAACUGAGAGCAAAACAGCUGCAGGAUAAAGACGAAAUCAUCAACAAGGAGCGCGAGGAGAGAAAGAAAGAACGUGAGGAGGAGGAUAAGAGACGGAAAAGGCAAGAGGAAACUCUGCGACAAGAUUGGAGAAGAAAACUGGAGGCUUCUGAGAAGACAGUUCAAACAGAAAGAGAGCAAAAGGAAAAUGCUGCAAAGAAUCUGGAGCAGUUUAGAAAAGAGAUGAAGAGAGAUCGAGACGCCUGGGAUAAGGAAAGGAAGGACUUCUGGGAACGAAUACAUCAGGAGGAUAAACAGAGCCUGGAGGAGGAGAAAACCAGCCACAGGAAGCUCCAAGCGGAGUACCACUAUAAGAGAAGAAAAUGGACAUAUUCCAUAGUUGGGCUGCUGUUGUUUUUAUUGUUUCUCACAUGUUAUAUCUUUCUGAGUUAGGCGCACACAAACUACAGCAAUCACGAAAACAAAAUGGCACAACUCACGUUUGAGGCUGAUAAAGGAUGCAAGUUUACAAUGAAGGACAGAUGCAUUCUUCCACUCAACAGCCUGACUGACUAAACAGACUUCAAAUCAAAGCUCCUAAAUCCAUGUUUUCUCAAAUUCCAGUUCAAUAAAAACUUUGGCUGUUUGUCCUAUUGACUUUUAAUUACAGUUGCUCAUUUCCAUGGCUGCUAACAUUAGCAUUGUUAUUUAUGUGCUUGGACCACAUUUGUUGGACCCUUACGCCUCCUGGUUAGUAGGGCUCUUCUGGGCCUCAUGGCCACAGAUGCACUUUGCAGGACCAAACUUGAUUGAUUGUAUGAAAGACUGAUUCAGACCUGUAAAGGUCCAGGGUCAGGUCUCAGGUCCUGGAGUUUGGGUGGACCCAUUAAUUCCUCUAGCUGGUCGUAUAUUCACUCAAAUAUACUUGUAAAAUGUAAUAUGUGAUUUAAUUAUAAACUAUUGACACUAGACUAGACAAGGGCAUUUAAGUUAUUGGCUCGAUUGAGAGUUGGAUAAGGAGAUCCAUAUUGUAUUUACUUAUCUAACACACACUGAACACAAUGCUUAAAGGUAAUUGCUGUAUAAAUAUGUGAAUUACAUAACAAUUCCUUUGUUAGUCAAAUGAUCAUUUUAUGUGAAAAUAUAUUUUUUGAAGUCUAUUUAUGCUGAUUCUUCUUUGAUGGAUUAAUUACUUAAUUCACAUUUUUUUCUGGGCUGCCUUUAAGCCAUCAUGUACAGAGAUUGUUUUAAGACUUUUGUUCUUUUAUACUUUUGUACUUUUUUAUGAGUUUAACUUUUAUGAGGAAGGUUUGUGUUUUGCUGACAGAGCUGGAGCUGCCUGUUUCCUGGUUUGUUUGCUUCAUGUUGUUCACCUUCAUGCCUUAUUUUUCUCUCACUCUGGCACUCUGAGCAAUGUUGCUGUUGCUCACAUCACAUGAAUUUGUUUUGUAAAUAACAUUCAUUAAUAAAUGGCUUCAUGUUUGAGCUCCACCCA